AUGAAUCUCUCGGGGCCAUAUGACCCGACUGCUUUCCAUGGCAUCUCAUCCCUUCAUGACGCCAACAAGCACUUUCAAAGCAAGAAUGGCCUUUCAUUGGUGGAGACGAAGUUGAAGUCUCUUAUUCUGCAACAUGGGGUUUCGAAUCUGUUUGGAGUGGCACUUGUCCAUCGUCAUUUCGACCUGGAAGAGGGAACAAUCCUCGUGGAGAAAGACAUGGUCACAGCCCCUUGGAAAUAUGAUGACUCUUUUACAAAGCAUGGUGGGAGGAUUGUCCCCAUCUCUUGGUUCUUGAAGGAGGGCAGACCUUACCCUUAUGAGUUCGGUUUCUUCCCUUAUUCCAAGACCGAUCCUCCAAAACUCAAACAGCAUGCGUCUUUUGUUGAAGCAUUCUUUGACACUGUCAAUCUUCAUGGGCUGGAUAAUUUCGUCGGUCUGCGUCGUCUGUCUGGACAUGAAUCCACGGGAAUGCUGGAGUGCACUGAGGGCAAAGUGAAUAUCAUGUUUUCAAGCAACGAGGUUCGUUCAUUUAUAUCUAUCUGCCUUGGUAUAUCACAGAUCUCAUAA